UUUCCCACUCACUCUCACACCCUCACUUCACUUAUCCCUUGUGCCAGUUUUACUUGCCAAACACUUUGGCUGAGAAAAUGAAGAUCUUCAAUUGGGUGCACAGGAAGUUUAAUCAUAACGUCAUUAAAGAUGGGUUUGCUCGAAAUGUGAAGAAGACUGAAUCCAUUGCGAUUGACACCAACACGAAAGCAUUACUGGAACAAGUAGCCCUGGUGGAUGUGCUUGAUGGCUGGAAAGAUGGAAUUCUAACAAUUGGGACUUUUGGUUUUGAUUCUCUAAAACCAUUCGACCAACCAAAAGAAUAUUUUAUUUUCGAAAGUGAGGCAGAAGAGGAGGAAGGUGAAAAUGAUUUAAUUAACAAUGAUGAUGAUUUUGAUGAAGACAACGACAUUGUUGUUGAAGAUGAAGAAGUGAACCCAUUGAUUUUCACAACAUUUGGACACAAUUUUAAGGACAUUGCAUCUGAUGGUGAUGGAAAUGUUGAGAAACGUCAUGAUGUGAUAAUAACCCUUGAUGGUGUCCCAUUAACUCCAUUUGUUGGUUCCUCUAAUGAACUCAGAUUUGAGAUAGGCAGCAAAGACAGCGAUCAAGGAAAGAAGAGAAGAAGAACAACACUUGCAGACCUGUUCUCAGAAGACUCCGAUAUCAAUUAUAAGAAGACAACUUCCUAUGAAGUGGAGCAAAAUGUGGGUAAAAAACAAUCUGUUCGUACAAAGAAUGGCCUCUCCUUUGCUAAGAAAUUCAUUCCUCAUGUUAAAGAGGAUUCACGUCCCAUCAAGAAAUUACACCAAAUGAUGAGGAGGAUGUUAAAGAGGAAGAUCCAUCCAGAGCUUGAAGGCAAAGCUAAUAAAUCAGAAGGUCAAAACAAGGGUAGCGUUCUUGACCUUCUUGGCAAGAAGAACGAAAAUGUUGAAUCGGUUUCGUUACUUCCGGUUCCAGAUGCUACAGUUUGAGCUUUUGGGUGCAUGUUUGACAUAGUUUACUAGAAUGCUUUCGGGUAUUGUUUAAGUAUUAAAUAAUUUUUUAAUGGAGAAUAAUGUUAAUCAGGUUUGUGCACAUGGAGCACUGUGUUCUGCUUUGUAAUUUAUUUUUCUAUUGUUUUGGUUUUAGUGUCUGUACGUUGCGUGUAUGUUUGUCGCAACAUUAUUAACAGGCUUUAAUUGGUUUAUGUUUUGACAAUAUAUAUGAUGCAUCUCCUUAAGCCAAUUUAUAUAUUGCACUUUAACA